UAAAACCGAGAACCGGUUUGUAAGCAUCCUUUGCAUAGCCUCGUGUCUCGUGUUUCCUGCAAUUUAAAAUGCGACCGUCACACGAAGAUCAUUAGUGAAAAGGUACAAUUGUGAAUUUUACGUUUCCCUCCAAUUAUGCAAAACACAAAGAAAAUUUUAUUUCUACGCGGAAGAGGGCACUUCCGCCAUUUACUCCACUUUGCAAUAAAUCUCAUCCACUGUCUCGCGUGUAUCUCGAAAAUGAGUCACGCGAUUUCCUAGAAUAUUGCGCGAAUAAAUCAAAGUUAGUUACACUUCAUGCCUUGGUGUAGCAACAGGUCGGUGUGGAUUAUAAUGGGGAUAGCAACACUGGUGUCGUUCGUAGUCAUUUUAGUGGUGUGUGUGGCCUACGUAGUGGGGUCGGCAACCCCUUCCACGCGUCAAGACGCAUCCACUCGCACCUACUACGUGGCCGCUCGAGAAAUCGUGUGGAACUACGCGCCGGACGUCGACGCAACGCAUUACCCACCGAGUCAUAGCUCAUUUAUAGAUCAACAAUUGAGUGAAUCGACGGAUCCUCCCCGUUUGGGGAGAUCUUACCUGAAGGCAGUAUUCCGUCAAUACACCGACGAUACGUUCCAAACAGAAAGUCAAAGACCGGAAUGGCUUGGAAUUUUGGGUCCGGUGAUAAAGGCCGAAGUAGGUGACGUCAUCAAAGUUCACUUCUUUAACAAUGCCUCGAUUCCCGUGUCCAUGCACCCUCACGGUCUGUCUUACGAGAAGAGUGACGAAGGGGCUUACUAUCAAGAUAAUUCGACUCUGGAAGAUAAAGCCGACGACGAGGUUCCUCCAAACGGAACGUUCGUUUACACCUGGACACUUCCGGAAUCCAAUUCUCCUGCUUCGUCGGAUCCGGAUUGUUUAACCAUGGCUUAUCACUCUCAUCGGAAGGCGGAUUCGGACAUACACACGGGAUUGAUUGGCCCUCUUGUAGUUUGCAAGAAAGGAACCUUGGAAAAAUAUGAAGAAAAGGAAGGAAAAACAGUGUUUUUGCUAUUCUUAAUUUUCGACGAGAACGAAAGUUGGUAUUUGGAGAGGAACAUCGAACGGAAACUUUCAUCGACGGAACAAACACAAACUGUCAUCGAGGGAAACGAAGAAUUAAAAGAAAACGAAGAAUUCCAAGAAUCAAACCGAAUGUAUACCAUUAAUGGACGCUCGUUUGGCACUUUGGGUGGAUUAGAAUUUUGUGUGGGAGACGAUAUCGAAUGGAGACUGAUCGGAAUGGGAAACGAAAUUGACGUACACUCGGUCACGUUCCAAGGCCAUCUUGUUAAAUUGAAUGGACACAGGACCGAUGUCGUUAGUUUAGUUCCUGCGAAAUUCACAAAUGUAAACAUGGUUGCCAGAUACGAAGGACAGUGGAAAAUUCUUUCCGAGACGGGAACUGAAUAUCUGGCUGGUAUGAAAGCUCAAUUUACCAUUCGCAAAUGUUCAAGUAGCAUCGUCAACGAUUCCUUCGUGGUACCAGACCAUUCUAGAAAGUACUUCAUUGCGGCCGAAGAAAUUCAAUGGAAUUAUGCUCCGUCCAAUCUCAACAAAUUUAAUAAUAAAGAACUGACGUCUGACGAGCACGCGGCGGUCUUCUUCGAGCAACAACCGAAUCGAAUCGGCGGAACUUAUAAAAAAGCCGUAUAUAGGAGCUACACGGACGCGAAUUUUACCAAUAGAAAUCCUCGUAACGAAGAAGAAGAACAUUUAGGUCUGCUAGGUCCAGUUAUAAGAAUUGAAGUUGGGGAAACAAUAACUUUAAUUUUCAAAAAUAAAGCCAGUCGUCCUUACUCCAUUUUUAGUCCAGCUGUCGAGAUUUUUGACCAAAAUGGAACUUCUGUUAGAUCUCAUGGCGUUAAAGUCGAGGCGGGUUCUAGUGUUGUGCUGUAUUGGUAUGUGCCGGAUUAUCUUGGACCAAGCGAAGUGGAUCCUCAGUGUUUAACGUGGAGAUAUUAUUCUGAUGUGGAUGUUUUGAAAGAUGCUUACUCGGGUCUCAAUGGUAUACUCUUGACUUGCAAAAAGCAAUCUUUACAUAAUGGCAGACAGAGGAACGUAGAUCGUGAAUUUUCACUAAUUUUCGCUGUUAUGGAUGAAAACGAGUCAAAUUACAUAGACGAAAAUAUUCUUACCUACUGUAGCAAUCCCCAAACCGUAGAUAAGGAGGAUGAAGAUUUUCAAGAAUCGAAUAAAAUGCAUUCAAUCAACGGGUUGAUGUACGGAAACUUAGAAGGUUUGGAUAUGGUUUAUAACACUAAUGUCAGUUGGCAUAUUGUAUCCUUUGGCAAGGAAACAGAUUUGCAUACGGCUUAUUUUCAUGGAGAGACAUUUCUUCAGCAUGGCAUGUACAGAGAUAGCUUUGUGCUUUUACCAAAUAUGCAUUACACCGUGCUUAUGAGGGCCGAUAAUCCAGGAGAAUGGGAAUUGGAAUGCAAGACAGUAGAUCAUUAUCAAGCAGGAAUGAGAGCGAAGUACCGAAUAAACGAAGCAGACGGAACGAAUGUAACCGAAGAAGGUAAUGUGCGUACUUAUUAUAUUGCUGCAAAGGAAGAGGAAUGGAACUAUGCCACACACUCGCAUCAUCUUAUAACUGGGGAGCUGUUAACUGAAAACGAAGAGAGCAAAACGUUCGUAGAAAGAGGGGACGAAAGAAUCGGAAGCGUUUAUAAGAAGGUCAUAUACCAACAAUACGCGGAUCCGGAAUUCACUCAAUUGAUAGCGAAGCCUUCCCAUUUGGGAAUACUUGGUCCUUUCAUCAAAGCGGAAGUCGGAGAGAGAAUCAGAAUCGUAUUUAAAAAUAUGGCACAAAAUCAUUCCUUCUCCAUUCGUCUUCAGGGAUUGGUGGCGGUUUCUGAGUGGGUGGCGGCACAAUCCAACGAGAUCGUUACUUACACGUGGAGAGUGCCGGAAAGAAGCGGGCCCGGAAAUUCCGAAUUUAAUUGUACUUCUUGGGCUUAUUAUUCGGACGUCGAUGUUACUCGAGAUGUCAACUCCGGCCUGGUCGGUCCUCUAGUUAUAUGCAGAAAAGGGAUUUUAGGAAACACAGGUGCAAGAAACGACGUGGAUCGAGAAUUUUCCUUGCUGUUUACGGUUUUCGACGAGAACUUGAGUUGGUAUCUACACGAAAAUAUCAAUAAAUACUGUCACAAACCGGAAAGCGUGGAUGCCGAAAACGAAGAUUUCAAAGAAAGCAAUUUGUUGCACGCUAUCAACGGCAGAAUUUACGGUUCGUUAGAAGGCUUGGAGGCUAAUAAAGGCGAUCGAGUGGCGUGGUAUUUUAUAGGAUUAGGUAACGAAGUGGACGUGCACACCGCGCACUUUCACGGUGUUACGUUUGUCAGAUGGAACGAAGGUAAACGUCGUAGUGACGUCCUCGAAUUGUUCCCCGGGGUGUACGAAACAGUAGAGAUGAUGGCAGAUAACCCCGGGCGAUGGCUUCUACAUUGUCACGUGGACGAUCACAUUAAAGCCGGAAUGAAUACCCUAUUUACGAUUAAAGAUUAAGUAGAAUGAAUUUUUUUAUCUACAACUUCCUGUCUUGUAUAUUUGCAAAAUAUAAAAUAAAAUCUGGUAUUAUUAAGCGUUCCAAUUUUCUAGUUUUUCUUAU